AUGACAAGUCCUUCUAGCGCAUCCGAAAGAAGUGCGGAGCUUGCUGAAAGAACUCAGCUGUCCGAAUUAGAGGGAGCUCACCAGCAGGAUUUACGCCCCGCCAUCUGCAUCCUUGCAGGGUUCGACGGCGACGAGAGUUGGUAUCCGCUACCCCUCGAAGCGGAUCGUGCCGACUAUACGGUUGGCGAUUUACGUUCAUUCAUCGCGAACAGGGUGCUACAUGUCCCGCCUUGGGCCUUUCGUCUCUUUGCUGGGCGCUGGGACAACGAUCGGACUCCUCUCGGCAACUGUGGAGAUGCUCCCGAAGAUGAAAAUGCUGGACUGUUCAGCGGGGAAGUUGACGACGUCGAGCCCUCCUUCAUUUUGGAAGACGAGCAAGAGUGGGAAAUUGUCGCAGAUCGCGAUGCAAGUUUGCUGACGAAAUGGUUAGAACGCAUUGCAAAAGCUAGGCGUGCUCUUGUCGAGAAAAAAGGGAGCCACGUCGUCGAGAACUUGACACCUUUGAAUGAUGAAUUGUCGCAAAAUGAUGCGCCCGUUUCUCCUUUGCCUGAGCUUGGGCUUGUGGUGUACUUUCGCUAUAUGAAGCGCUUGCUACCCGCCGAGGGAGACCGAUGGAGCAUGUGGGAGAUUAUUGACGAUCUGAAGCAUUCGCACGAGACUUUCUGCAGUGCACGUGGCGUAGCACCAAGCGCAGUGAGUCAGGAGGGCUUUUUCGGAUGGUUUCAUCACUGCGGCAAUCCGUGUCAUAGGCAUCAAGAUCGAGAUCCGGAAGUGAACUGCUUCAAUAGCGAAUGCACUGGUGAUUUCCGUACGUUCGGUAGCUGUGAUUGCAGAAGCAAGAGUGGGCGUGGCUGCUGUGUGGCUUUCAACCUGGUGAAAGAGGUGGCAACGCCUGCUGCUUGUGAUGUAGUUCGGCUGCAGAGGAUUCGACGCACGCAAAAGACAGGUCUUCAUGCCUUGCAAUGGAGGUCGAUUCAGGAUGAUUGGACUGCGUACGCAUGUGCUCGCAACUUCUCGCCUUCAGAGGAAAACAGAAAGAAUAAAGACGUGCUCCGAGAAAUGCUGAAGGACCAGAAGAACACGUAUUACACGCAUCUGAAGAAGAUUAGGAGUUGCUUUCUUUCUUUGCCGCACCUUGAAGAUAUGCAGAAAAUUUGUGGAGCCGCUAAGAACACGCUGACAACCGACUUGCCGCCGGCUUUGCGAGAUAUUGUCUCUAUUGGGGUUAUACCUGGUGAGGGUACCGAUGCCGCAGAGAGUUUCGCACAGAGCCGCGCAAACACAAGCUUUUUCGUCGUGGAUCGAUAUAUCCCUCGAGCAAGCGGUGUUUCGACCUCUGAUAGUGGUUCCGUGACCAGUUUUCCUAAGAAUACUGAAGCUGCUCACGACCCGGCUUUUCCUUACAUACGCCGAGUCAGGGCGUAUGAGUAUAUUAAGCUUCGAAUCGAGCCUCACCUUGAAAAGCGCCGAGGACGGUGGCCGCUCGAGACCCCCGUUGCGCCUCUGGAGUGCCCGUGCAAUUGCCAAGUACGUCGAUAUUUUGGACUUCCGUGGUAUGUUCCUGGGUCAGUUGUAGACAACACACCCGUUCAUGUGCACUGCGUAGAAAAUGACAGCCAUUUGAAGUCCUGUGCGUCGUGUCGCCGAGGCGCAUGGCGCGAGUACCUCUCGCACCAGGACAGUUCCGGUUUUGAUAGAGUCGAAACGAUGCCUCCGCAGCGUGGCUACUGGAGACUCCGGUGGACACGUGAGUACUGCGAGUCUCGGUUGGGACUGCCUGCGACCUUCCACCAGCCGUCAGGUAGCAGCAGCCCCUGUUUGCCCCGGCCCAGAGGGUCGCGUUGCGCGACGAAGUGGGAACUGCCGGUCUUUUUUCACCGUAUCCGUUACGCUAAGCCAGUCCGUGCGACGUGUCCGAUGCAUGAACAGCCGCUGAGCAGCAGUACAGCGGUGGAGCAGCGGCUGGCCACGCAAUGGACGAGGCUGCGUGCGCAUGACGCUGCUAUGGACGCGGUGGAAUUCUUCAUUAAAGACGGGUGUCCGGAUCAGGUAGAGGGUGACAAUGCCAAGUUGAGUUCACAACUUACGACUUUACACCGGGAGGCCGACUGCAUCUACCGGCACGCGAAAGCUCUUCCCUCUGAGACACGGACCAAAACCUUCUCGAGCCACGAAAGACGCCACUUUGUGUGCCAGAAAAGUACUAAGUGGAUAGAGCCAUUUUUAGAGGAAUGCCCACAAAAGGGAGUUCGAAAUCUGGCCUGGCGCAGAGACGCGGACCGUUACGAGCGUUCAUGUACGCGGAGCGCCCGAUAUGGCUUGGACAGUGACCAGUACCCUUCUGAAAUCGAAGACAGCAGCGACGACGACUAUCUGACACCCGAUCCCUACGAUCCUGUUGGAGGCCACACCUACACUUUUUACUAUGAGAUUCCUCCGAUUCGGACGGCAAGCAGUGGCGUGGAAGUGGAUGAGCUGCUGCUGUCCUACGACAUGCGCAAAGACCGGCAAAUUCCACCGCAGAGGCAGGAAAACAGACUCAGACGUGCAGGAGGCAAACACCCUCCUAAAUUAGGAAAAAGGAGCACUGCGGAUGAGAAGCAGAGGCGCAGCCCGAGGUGGAAUGCAAGGCCCACAAAAUGUCAGCGAAAUCGCCUCGUUGCGCAGGCAGAGCUGGAUGUGUAUCAGCAUUUGUUCAAAACGUGGGACAUGCAGAACAGCCUGAGCCAAGAUAUUCACCCCGGCGACCCAGAAGACGAAGACAGCUUCAAUUAG